CACACACACACACACACACACACACACACACACACACACACACACACAUACACGCGCGCGCGCGCGCGCGUCCGCUAGUUGCCUACCGACAGGGAUCAGCAAGUGAAGCUUACGAGAGGUAUUUCUUCAUACGAGAUGUCCGUAUCCAGCUUCCGUGAACAACGUUGGAAUGUUUGUGCCUCCGAUAUCGCGCGAAGAACGCACAAUCCCAUAAGGUCGAUCGUGGAGAACAUCGUCGUCGAACCCAACCCUAGCAAGCCGAUGAUCGCGUUAUCGAUUGGCGAUCCUACAACAUUCGGCAAUUUAAAACCACCGAAAGAAGUGAUCGAGGCUGUCCAAGAGAGCGUCGCUUCGCAAUUAUACAACGGAUAUGCACCGAGCACAGGUUACCUGAAAGCGCGAGAAGCCGUAGCUGAAUACAGCUCGAAUGAAUUCGUGAAAGUCGAUCCCAAGGACGUAAUCUUGUGCAGUGGAUGUUCUUGCGCACUUGACCUGUGUAUUACGGCUUUAGCUCGAGAAGGCCAAAACAUCCUAAUUCCACGUCCCGGUUUUUCCAUCUAUCGAACACUGGCGGAGGGUCUCGGUAUUACGGUCAAAACGUAUAAUUUACGCCCGGAGCUUGGUUGGGAGAUCGAUCUGAACGACCUGGAGGCGCAAAUCGACGAAUCAACGGCGGCGAUUGUUAUAAACAAUCCUUCGAAUCCGUGCGGUUCCGUAUUCAGUCGUGACCAUAUACUUGACAUUCUCGAUAUCGCUGCUCGUUACUACGUACCCAUUAUAGCCGAUGAGAUUUAUGAGCACAUGGUAUUUCCAGAACGGACUUUCCACUCGUUAGCAUCUCUAUCGACCGAAGUUCCUAUUUUGUCGUGCAGCGGACUGACUAAAAGAUUUUUAGUUCCAGGCUGGCGUAUGGGUUGGAUAAUAAUCCACGAUCGUCAAAACGUGCUGGAAGCCGAGAUUCGCAAAGGUUUACAUUGCUUGAGCCAACGAAUAAUUGGCAGCAAUACUAUUAUUCAAGGUGCCUUGCCUGCGAUACUUCGGAAAACGCCACAAAGAUUUUUCGACGAUGUCAUCCGUACUUUAUAUUCACAUUCCAAACUGGCAUACGAUUGCAUAAUAAAGAUCUCGGGACUGAAACCGAUAAUGCCGGAUGGAGCGAUGUACAUGAUGGUCUACAUCGAUCUGCCAUGCUUUCCGGAAUUUAAUUCCGAUCUGGAAUUCGUGCAGCGGCUGCUAAUGGAAGAAUCUGUGUUUUGCCUACCCGGCCAGUGCUUCGAUUAUCAUUCUUACAUGAGACUGGUAAUUACCGUGCCAAGUAACAUGCUCGAAGAAGCUUGUCAAAGAAUUCAAGAGUUCUGCGAGAGACAUCAUUAUAAAACGGCAGAGAUCUCGAGGAGGAAUAGUUUCGUCAACGAGAUUCCAUAUUAAUAAACAAACAAAAAUAUGUCAAAGAAUAGAAUAUUUGCAUUAACCCGCUGAUUAUUUUUCUCGAACCGAAUCUCCAAAUUCUGCGCAAAAAGAAUUCUUCAGCCUUGGUUUUUGCUUCUGUGCAUAUGUACAUCUUUAUUUCUUACGUUUUUAAAUAUAAGUAUGGUUUUAUAUAUGUAUCUAUUAUCUUUACCGAUGUGUACUUUCUUAUAAAUGUAUGUAUAAUUAUGUAAUAAAUAUUUCAUAUUAUAUAUUA